AUGCCACAGCCCGAAAAACUUCCUGAAUCAGUGACUACAUUGUUGAAGUCAACUAGAUUCAUCCAUUUGGCAACUUCUUACGAGGAUAUUCCCCAUGUUUCGUUGAUGAAUUAUACUUACUAUCACAAAAAUGAGAGUGAUUACAUUAUUAUUUCUACUCCAAAAGGCACAACGAAGUAUGACAACAUGGUUCAUAAUCCAAAUGUUUCGAUCUUGAUUCAUGAUUGGAUUUCAGCAAAGACAAACAGCGAAGCAAAUGACUCUCCAGCUUCCAACAGAAGAAACUCCUUGUAUGAAUUAUUGGCGAACUUCAACAAGAAUGAAAUUGGACGAGUUUCUGUAACCAUUAGUGGACGUGCUGAAAUACUCACACAUGACACAGAAAAAGAUGACUACCUAUUCUACAAAUCUUUGCACUUGAAUAAUUCAAAAAUUGACCAAGUGCAAGCAAAAAACUAUAUCGAAGAUGAUGACAAUGCUCUAAUACUUGUUCAGAUUCAUGGUUGCAAGGUGACUGACACAGACAACAAUGUUGUGGAAUAUUAA